GCGCCCCCCAGUGGCGCGGAGGAUUGAGAGAGCCUGCACAUGCGCUCGGAUGCGCUGUGUUAUUUGCGCAUGCGCGGGCUGCUCCCGCCCAGAGCGCCGUGAGGCGAGGCGGCGGCGGGCGCGGGACGCGCGGGAGGAAACGGCAACAUGAAUUCAUAGAUGAUGAGUAGGAUGCCAAAGCCAGAGAUGACAGUGCUCUUGAAGAAAUGCUGGGUAGAGCAAAAAGAUGAUCAUGGGAACAGCAAUGGCAGUCAUGUAAAAAUCUUUUUACCGAAGAAGCUGCUUGAAUGUCUCCCAAAAUGUUCAAGUUUACCGAAGGAGAGGCACCGCUGGAACACUAACGAGGAAAUUGCAGCUUAUUUAAUAACAUUUGAAAAGCAUGAAGAAUGGCUAACAACCUCCCCUAAAACAAGACCGCAGAAUGGUUCUAUGAUCCUGUACAAUAGGAAGAAGGUGAAAUACAGGAAAGAUGGGUAUUGCUGGAAAAAAAGGAAAGAUGGGAAAACCACCAGAGAGGAUCACAUGAAGCUGAAAGUCCAAGGAGUGGAGUGCUUGUACGGCUGCUACGUCCAUUCCUCCAUCAUCCCCACGUUUCACAGAAGGUGCUACUGGCUUCUGCAGAACCCAGACAUCGUGUUGGUGCACUACCUGAAUGUCCCUGCCAUCGAGGACUGCGGCAAGCCGUGCGGCCCCAUCUUGUGCUCGAUAAACACAGACAAGAAGGAAUGGGCAAAGUGGACAAAAGAGGAGCUCAUCGGGCAGCUCAAGCCCAUGUUUCAUGGCAUUAAGUGGACAUGCAGCAAUGGAAACAGCAGUUCAGGGUUCUCGGUGGAACAGCUCGUGCAGCAGAUCCUUGAUAGUCACCAGACCAAACCGCAGCCUCGGACACACAACUGUCUCUGCACUGGUACCUUGGGGGCAGGAAGCAGUGUGCAUCACAAGUGUAACAGUGCCAAACAUCGCAUCAUAUCACCAAAGGUUGAACCAAGGACAGGUGGGUACAGCGCUCAUUCAGAGGUACAAAAUAACGAUGUCUCUGAAGGCAAGAACGAGCACAGCCACGGCAAGGCCUCCAGCCGAGAGAAGAGGAAUGGCAAAGUGGCGAAACCAGUGUUGCUCCAUCAAAACAGCACUGAGGUUUCUUCCACCAACCAAGUGGAGGUCCCUGACACGACCCAGAAUUCUCCGGUGUCCAUCAGCAGUGGAUUAAACAGUGACCCGGAUAUGGCGGAUAGCCCGGCCGUCACUGGUGUGUCCAGUAUGGCUGUAGCGUCGGUUAUGGGAAGCUUGUCACAAAGUGCCACCGUAUUUAUGUCCGAAGUCACCAGUGAAGCUGUGUAUACCAUGUCACCCACCUCCGGCCCAAAUCAACACCUUCUGUCCUCAGAUGCAGCUGCACAAGGACUGGUACUUGCUGUGAGUUCAGAUGGACACAAAUUUGCUUUCCCAACCACCGGCAGUUCAGAGAGCUUGUCGAUGCUACCCAGCACUGUCUCCGAAGAACUCGUGCUCUCCACAACUUUAGAUGGAAACAGAAAAAUUCCAGAAACCACCAUGAAUUUUGACCCAGACUGUUUUCUUAACAACCCCAAGCAAGGGCAGACUUAUGGUGGAGGAGGUAUGAAAAGCGACAGCAUCAGUACCAACAUAAGGCAGUCUCCCACAACAGAACGUAGCUUCAACUUCAAUACAACCCUCACGAAAGAAAUUAAAACUGAGGACACAUCUUUUGAACAACAGAUGUCCAAAGAAGCAUUCUCCUCCUCUUCUGCAUCUAACACUCUCACCCUCACUACUGGUUCAGGUUUGCUUCCAUCUGGAGGAGGUCUGAGCCCAAGUACCACCCUGGAGCAGAUGGACUUCAGUGCCAUUGACUCCAACAAGGACUAUUCUUCCAGCUUCAAUCAGACCGUCCAGAGCCCUCAUGUUCAUCAGACCCCUUCCCCCAGCUUCUUUCUGCAGGAUGCCAGCAAACCUCUUCCCCUUGAGCAAAACACUCACAACAAUUUGAAUGACACAAGCGGCUCAUUUGUGAACACGUUAGGAAUCCCCAGUGUGAAGACAGAGUCCUCCUCCCAAACCACUUCCAACUGUAACGGCACAGUGGAAACCAGAAUAGAGUCCACCUCUUCUCUCCAGCUCAUGCAGUUCCAAGCAAACUUCCAGGCUAUGACUGCAGAAGCUGAAGUUCCCAUGGAGACCUCCCAGCAGGCAGAAGGGAAUGAAAAUCUACUUAAAUCAGGGGAUCUUCAAGCCUGCAGCACAGAACACUACUUGCAGCCUGAGGCCAACGGGGGUAUUAGGAAUGGCAACAAUCUCCCUAUUCUCCAAGGAAACAUGGUACAAGGACUCUAUCCUGUGGCCCAUCCCAGCUUAAAUAACUCCUCCAACAUGGAGCUUAACUUGGACCACUUUGACAUCUCCUUCAGCAACCAGUUUUCUGAUCUAAUUAAUGAUUUCAUAUCGGUAGAAGGUGGGAGCAAUGCUCUCUAUGGACAUCAGCUGGUGUCAAGUGACAGUGCUGGACUGUCUCAGCCUGAAGACAGUAACAGAGCAACCUACAACCAGGCUGAAAUGUGCAUUCCUUGCUGCAGCCCUCAGCAAGCCAACAUGCAGCUCAGCAGCACAGAAAACGGAGCCAGCACCAUGGCGUACAUGCAUGUGGCUGAGGUGGUCUCGGCAGCCGCGGCACAAGGCACUUUGGGGUUGCUACAGCAGAGUGGGCGCUUGUUCAUGGUGACAGAUUACUCACCAGAAUGGUCUUACCCUGAGGGAGGAGUAAAAGUCCUCAUUACUGGUCCAUGGCAGGAAGCCAGCAAUAAUUACAGCUGUCUGUUUGAUCAGAUCUCAGUGCCUGCAUCUUUAAUUCAGCCAGGGGUACUGCGCUGCUACUGCCCAGCUCAUGACACUGGGCUUGUGACUUUGCAAGUUGCCUUCAACAAUCAGAUCAUCUCCAAUUCUGUGGUGUUUGAAUAUAAAGCCAGAGCUCUGCCAACCCUGCCUUCCUCCCAGCAUGACUGGCUGUCCUUGGAUGAUAACCAGUUCAGGAUGUCAAUAUUGGAGCGACUUGAGCAGAUGGAGAGGAGAAUGGCUGAAAUGACAGGCUCCCAGCAGCACAAACAAGGAGUAGGAGGCGGGAGCAAUGGGAGCGGGAACGGAGGAACGCAGGUACAGUGCGUUUCUGGGACUGGGACACUGGGCAGCUGCUUUGAGAGCCGCGUGGUGGUGGUGUGUGAGAAGAUGAUGAGUCGUGCUUGCUGGGCAAAGUCCAAACACUUGAUCCAUUCAAAGACCUUCCGAGGAAUGACCCUGCUCCACCUCGCUGCUGCCCAGGGCUAUGCUACACUGAUCCAGACCCUCAUCAAAUGGCGCACCAAACAUGCAGACAGCAUUGAUCUGGAGCUGGAAGUUGACCCUUUGAAUGUGGAUCAUUUCUCCUGCACUCCUCUGAUGUGGGCAUGUGCCCUGGGCCACAUGGAUGCAGCUGUGGUGCUGUACAAGUGGGACCGCCGAGCCAUCUCUAUCCCUGACUCCCUUGGGAGACUGCCACUGGCCAUUGCCCGGUCUCGGGGCCACGUGAAGUUGGCAGAGUGCUUGGAGCAGCUACAGAGAGAUGAGCAGACUCAGCUUGGGCAAAACCCCAGGAUCCAGUGCCCUUCAAGCACAGACUCCAACACAGAAAACUGGGUGUCCCAGUGGCAGAGUGAGCUUAUUGCCUCUCAGGAGCCUCAGAAGGGAGUCACUGUGAUUUCCAGUACAAACACAGAGCUGAGACGACCAAGAUCAGAACCUUCCAGUUACUACAGUAGUGAGACUCAGAAAGAUUACCCUGCACCCAAAAAGCAUAAGUUGAGCCCUGAGUAUUUUCAAGCCCGGCAAGAGAAGCUGCUUUCCACUGCGUUGAGCCUGGAACAACCAAGCAUCAGGAAGCAGAACUCCAGCUCCAAGCAAUCUGCCACUGAGACAAUCAGCCCCAGUGAAGGGAUAAGGGACUAUGGCCGAGAGCUCUCCCAGCACAUCCCAGAAGUUACGGGGUACCGGAGCUCUGGCAGCCAAUCGGGCAUCAAAUGGAACCCAAAAGACAUUUAUAUUGGUGUGUCUGCAGUGCAGGUGGCAGGGAGCCAGAAGGGGGCUGUGCUGGGGAAGGACACGGUAACCCAUCGGCUACGCCAGCGGGAGCAGAUGAACGUGCUGAUGAUGGCUGACAGGGAGAUGGUGGAUGCAGAGCUCUUGUCCUAUAGGGACAAUGCAGGGGAUGAGGACUGCUUACACCAAAUGGAUGACUUGCAGGUGAACAUGAUGACACUUGCAGAGCACAUUAUUGAAGCAACGCCUGACAGGAUCAAGCGGGAGAAUUUUGUGCCAAUGGAGUCACCGCUGGUGGAGAGAACAGACAGUGCUGCCAUGAGCACCACAAUGAGCUGGCUGGCCAGUUACCUUGCUGAUGUCGAUCAUCUGCCGAGUGCUGCACAGAUAAGAAGUCUGUAUAGUGAACCCCUGACCCCUUCUUCGAACACCAGCUUGAGCCCUGCAGGCUCACCCAUCAGUGAAAUAGCUUUUGAGAAACCCAGCCUUCCCUCGGCAGCAGACUGGUCUGAAUUCCUGAGUGCAUCCACCAGCGAGAAGGUAGAAAAUGAGUUUGCACAGUUAACUCUGUCUGAUCAUGAGCAGAGAGAACUCUAUGAAGCUGCCAAACUCGUCCAGACAGUGUUCAGGAAAUAUAAGGGUCGUCCUCUUCGGGAACAGCAAGAGGUGGCUGCUGCCGUCAUUCAGCGUUGCUACCGAAAAUACAAACAGCUUACUUGGAUAGCCUUGAAGUAUGCACUUUAUAAAAAGAUGACGCAAGCUGCCAUUCUGAUCCAGAGCAAAUUCCGAAGUUACUACGAGCAGAAGAAGUUCCAGCAGAGCCGCCGGGCCGCCAUGCUCAUCCAGCAGUACUACCGCAGCUACAAGGAAUGUGGGAAGAGGAGGCAAAACCGUCGGGCAGCCACCAUUGUACAGCAGAAACUCAGAAGCAGUCUGCUUACCAAGAAGCAGGAUCAAGCUGCUCGCAAGAUUAUGCGGUUUUUACGACGCUGCCGCCACAGCCCACUGGUGGACCAUAGGCUGUACAAAAGGGUAUCUGGAAAAAGGCAAGAGCUCCCUUUUCUUAAAUGUCCCACAGGCCAUUUCAGCUCUCAGAGCAACAGAGUGAAAGAAUUGAAAAAGGCCAAGGAACUUGAAGAUACGCAGCAGCAUCCCGUAGCAAUGUGACAUUGCUUUUCAGACUGUUUUCAUUUUCUGUUUUUAGCAGAGACAUGCAACAACAACAACAACAACAAAAUACCCACUGCAGGUCUGGGAAUACCAGCUGCAGGAUUUUAACAGUAAUGUUUUGGUCAUUGCAUUUGCACUUUCAUGGACAACUUUUAAUUUGUUCAGCAAGACAUCUUGGAACUCAAUCUUCUGUUGGAUCAUGGGGAAAAACAAAAGACACCAGGAGGAAAUUGUGAGUUGCUUCAUUCUCCGAGAAGGAAGAAGCGAUUAAUUAUCCUUUUCAUAUAGGGCUGUAUUAAACAACAUGUGGAACUGUACAAAUAUUAUACCAAAAAUAUUGUUAAGAAAAGGUGGGAAUGCACAAGCAACACGAGAAUGCUGUUCCUGCACCUGUCGGUCAUCUCCAAGCAACUGAAGCUUUGAGAGUCUCAGUGGAGGGGCUUUAGAUCAGUCCAUCUUUAUGGGGUCCAUGCAUCCUCAUUUCCUUCGCACUUCUGUCCUUUGUGUUUUAUUUAAAUCUCUACAGCACACUUAAUGCAACUUUUUUAAUCUGCAGGUUUUUAAUACAUCCCGUGGGAACUUAGAGGAGGGGUUGGUGUGCGAGACAAACGGGUAACGCGAGGAACGGAGAGAGCAGCUUAAGCAAGUUUAAACACUUCUUGUUUUGUUCUUGUUUUACUAGAACCUGCAAACAUAUCAAUUGUCAUGUCCUUCCUCUCAUGUUCAGCACUUUAUUUUCUAGCCUUACUUUCAUGGACUGUUGUUUUAAUUCAGUUCUCCAAAUGGGUUGUGAAACACGUAGCUUUUUAUCUUGAGUACUCGUCAAACCUCUUGUCGUUUUGCAGUCACACAUACGUUGCCUGGACAUUUUAUACCACCUAAAGAUCAGAGUGGUGCUGCAUUCUGGCCAGUAACUUUCUUAUUUUGGCUACUUCAUCAAAAUCUGGGCAGUUUCUGUAUAUAUAGAAGGUAGAAAUGGAAAAUGAGAAAAAAAAACUAUUUGAAAGGGAAUAUAUUGAUUAAUUACUAAAUAUUUUAUUCACAAAGGGUCAAUAACUUGGCAAGAUAAAAUUAUUAUUUGUAUAGUUUUGUCUGAAUGAACGAGCAGAGUGUGGAUGUAUUGUUUGUACAUACUGUAUAUAAUAAAACAAAGAGAUAUGUGCAUGAACUCAAGACAAAGAAAUGAACAAAGCAAAGCAUUAGUGGCUAUGGUCUGUACAAUGAAACAAAAAAAAACUUUAUUUCACUAUAAAAAUCUUUAUUUUAAAUGUUCUUUAGAAGAACAUUUUUGCUAAAGCAUGACUUAAAUGGCAAAAAAAAAAAAAAGAGCUGCUGUAUUUAGACUUAGGAAAAAAAAAAGGCAGAGCAACAUUAAUUAAAAAAAAAAAAAGGAAAAAAAGAGAAAAAAAAAAAAGGAUCUGUUUACAUUUGAUUUUGGCUACCAGGACCUUGGGUUGGUUGGUUUCAUUUCGUUCUUCCUUCCUCCUUCCUUCCCCCCCCCCCCCCCCCCGUCUUUUCUUUCUGGGUAUAUUUUAUUUUGCCAAUGGUGCCAAGUAAUGUGAAUGCUGAUAUCGCUUAAGAAAAUUGAGUUACUUUUGCAAAGCAGAUAAUCAUAAGAGUACAAAGAAACCUGUAUCUAGCUUAACACCAUACACUCACUCCAAUAAAGAACACUUAGAAUGAACAUAAAACCUUAAAAAAAAAAGACAAAAAAAAAAGACAAAAAAAAAUAGUACAAAAGUAGGAAAUAUGUUUCACACGUUCAUCUCUCCUGCUGGAAGUCCGAAAAUGUCAUAAAAUUGCACAAAAAAUUAAAAAAAAAAUUCAGUAAAACUUAAAAAAGAUGCAAACUGAUCUCGUAGGGGUGUCAUGGUAUAUUAUUGCUAUUUCCACAUAGUGAGGAGCCAAAGAAAUUAGGUGGUUUGUAAAUUGAACUACGCACUUAAAGCUGUCACUCACGCAGUUCUUGGCGAUGGGAGCCAGGUUCUGAUCUCCAAUACACAGGAAUGUAAGGGAAGGAACCUCUGAAGUGCGCGGCGUUGCGGUGGGUUCUGUCCGCGUGUCUGAGCUCAGAAGCUGCUCCCGUGCCUUGUUCUGCUCGUGGCAGUUGGCAUGGACCGGUGUCAAUUUGGGAUGUUAGGUUUGGAAUCGUUGUUCUUGCUUGAUCCCGGCCACCAACGCAAUGUGUAAAUGCGAGGCUUGUUGUGAAGCCUGAAAAUACUCACACACAAGAAGCUUUUAAACUGGUGUCUUUAAAAAGAAGAGUAAGAAACAAAGAUUGUUGGGGGGGGGGAAAGGAAAACUGGGGUCAGUGCUCUUGGUGCCUUUUCUAUAAUUGUACCUGUUUUUAAUUACUUCUUUUCACUGCCAGCAUUGAAUUACAGUAGAUGUGCUCUAGCUCAUUAUCCGAAUUCUCGUGUACAUUUCUGAACUGCUGCUUUAUGACCUGAUUCAAUUGGAAAUGACAAGGAAUUGGCCUGGUGCUCACACCUGCCUGUGGGCAGCCUCCGGCCUCCAUUCACUGGGUGGAAUUGGGACCUGAACCGCUAAAUUCUCCUCUCACGCAAAAAGGGAACAGGAGACGCCGAAGAAUUCCCUUUGGAAUGAAUUGGAAAUGCUCUGUAUUAAUACUGGAAGAACUCGUUGACAUUUUGAAAGCAAAAUGUUGCUCCCAUUCACCAAUACGUGACAAUAUAGAAUCGACCUUUUCCUGACAAGAGUAGUGACCUCAGUGGAAAUGUUUGAACUCCCUGUCUUUACAGCAAAGUGUUCAGUAAUAUACAGAGCUAUUUCAAAUUACUCUUCCAGAUCCAUGGGCCUGGUGGUGUAUCUACCAAUCUAGAUCCUGCUUCAGCCAAACCUGUAAGCGUGUACUUGCUGUUAAACAUGCAAGCAAUUCCAUGGGCACACUGGAACUACUCGCAUGCUUGGGGCUAAGUACGGCUUCGAAGUGCUUUGUUGUGUCGGGCCAUAACCCUUCAGUGUACCACUGGGGAGUUAAAGACUCCCCUGCAGUGAAGUGAUUCCGCUCACCCUUUUCUUGGUUGUGGAACUUAACGUUUUCAUGGAAGAUGAGUAAGUGCAGCUUUCCAGGAAAAUUCGAAUUCCCAAGUGCUAGGAGCCAGAGCUUCUGUCUUCUGAUCAUGGAAUUGCUCCUUUGUGAAACACAUUCGACAGCAGAAAUACUGUGUGAAAGAAAUACAGAAUAUAACAUGAACCCCCUCUCUGGUUGCACGCUUAUGGCAGUUCCACACAAUAGCUGGUGCCCAAUGGGGGGUCCCCAAGACUUGCAUGUAAAACUAGUAUAGAUGUCUUCUCUUUUGUAAGUUUUAUUUUUGUAACCGUGCAUGUAAAGCAUCACUGAAUCAAUGGAUCUGUUGAAGAACUCAGCUGCUGGAACCAUGCAAAAUGUUUUGAAUUGCCCUUAAAAUAUGGAAAAUGUUUUCUGAAUGCUUUAUAUUCUUUCUGCUGUAAAUUAAAAACAAAGAAAAUUUCCCCAUACAAA